CUCAGCUGUCGCUCCUUAUAAGGCGGGGGCCGGGCGGCGCCGGAGGAGGGGCCGCGGCAUCAGCCCGGUCCUGGGCUCUGGGGCGGCGCUGGGCCGGGGGAGCGCAGUGCAGCGCAGCCGCGGGGAGCGAGGAGCGCGCGGAGCCGGCCAUGGGCAAGUCAGCUUCCAAACAGUUUCAUAAUGAGGUCCUGAAGGCCCACAAUGAGUACCGGCAGAAGCACGGCGUCCCCCCACUGAAGCUCUGCAAGAAGCUCAACCAGGAGGCUCAACAGUAUUCUGAGGCCCUGGCCAGCACGAGGAUCCUCAAGCACAGCCCGGAGUCCAGCCGCGGCCAGUGUGGGGAGAACCUUGCAUGGGCAUCCUAUGAUCAGACAGGAAAGGAGGUGGCUGAUAGAUGGUACAGUGAAAUCAAGAACUAUAACUUCCAGCAGCCUGGCUUCACCUCGGGGACUGGACACUUCACGGCCAUGGUAUGGAAGAACACAAAGAAGAUGGGCGUGGGGAAGGCGUCCGCAAGUGACGGGUCCUCCUUUGUGGUGGCCAGAUACUUCCCAGCGGGGAAUGUUGUCAAUGAGGGCUUCUUCGAAGAAAACGUCCUGCCGCCAAAGAAGUAACUUGUUAAAUGUAAUGGGAAGGUGGCAGACUUAAGAACGUGGAUAUGAAGUGCCUAGAACCACCACAACCUGGCUGUGCGUCUGUCCCUGUGGGUGUAUGUGCUUGUGUGUGUGAUGCAUGUGAGCGUCUCUGGCAAACACUUGGACAUACAGUUCUGCGUGUGCUCAUUCUUAUUACAGGAGUGAGCAAAGGAAGCAUUUACCCCGAUGGUUACCUAGACCACGAUUAUUUGGAUUGGGGGGAGGGGGGAUCCGUUUUUUUUUUAAUUUUUUGUUAUUUUUAAGCAAACCUCUUUUGUACUUUUCUUACUUCUAAUAUCCAUCCCUGGACUUUUUGUAUUCCAAAUGUUUGUGAUGCUGAGAAGUGAAGUUCAUUUUAUGUGAUCUUCAUGCGUCGUAAUCUACUUUUGGUAGAUAAUUAAGAUUAUUAAACCCUCAUUUAAAUGUGGCAUAAAA